AUGAAAUUAAAGAAUACUUUGACUGCAGCUAUAUGGAGAAUCUUCAAGUUCCCAAUACAGUUCAGGACAACUCCAAUUCAAAGACUUUCGUUCCAUGUUGAAGGGAAAAAACCAUGCUAUUUUAAGCUCAAUGAUGACAUAGAAGAAGUAUUGGAAAAGUCUGAGAAUGAAGAUUCACAAUUGACAGCUUGGUUCUACUUAAAUACUGUCAACGUAUCUGCUAAUCAGUAUCUUUAUUCGGAGAUCCCUGGUCACUUUACUUGGCAGGAUUUAAACUUAACAGAUGCAGAUAAAAGAAAUUAUACUCUCAUUGAGAUAGAGAAGCUAAUGGUGAUGAAUGGUGGUUCACUAUCUACCAUUGAAAAUAUGCCGCAGCCAUCAAGGGAAACUAUUGAUCAUUCCAAUCAUUUUAUUGUCGAAGAGAUGAAAUACAAUAGGGAGGAGCAGAAAGAGAAACAUGAUGAAUGGGUGAAAAUGUUAACUUUGGAGCAAAAAGAAAUUUAUGAUGAGAUUUUGGAUGCGGUAUUGAAUGAUAAAGGAGGAGUGUUUUUCGUUUAUGGAUUUGGUGGUACAGGAAAAACAUUCAUGUGGAAGACUUUAUCUGCUGCUCUUAGGUAUAGGGGAAUGAUUGUAAUUAAUACAGCCUCAAGUGGAAUUGCUUCGCUUUUACUUCCUGGUGGUAGGACUGCACAUUCCAGGUUUAGGAUCCCGAUCACUCCUGAUGAUAGUACAUCAUGUACCAUGACUCCUAAUGAUGAUGUUUCAAAUCUUAUGGAUGAGGCUUCUCUAAUUAUAUGGGAUGACGCUCCAAUGAUGAGCAAGUACUGUUUUGAAAAUUUGGAUAGAAGUCUGAAAGAUUGUAUCGGUAGAGGACGAAAUAAGCCAUUUGGUGGUAAGGUUGUUGUUUUUGGAGGAGAUUUCCGGCAAAUACUGCCUGUUAUUAAUGGUGCCGGACGAGCGGAGAUUGUAUUGUCUUCACUGAAUGCAUCUUAUUUGUGGGAACAUUGCAAGGUGUUGAAGCUAACCAAAAACAUGCGUCUCCUAAGCAACAAAUUAAAUGAAGAUGAGGCAAGAGAUAUUGAAGAGUUUUCAAAAUGGAUUUUGGAUGUGGGUGACGGGAAAAUUGCUGAACCUAAUGAUGGAGAGGCUCUAAUAGAUAUCCCUGCAGAGUUUUUAAUUACUGAUGUUGAUGAUCCUAUAGAAGCAAUCAGCAGAGCUAUAUAUGGGGAUUUUGCGUCUUUGCAAACGAAGAAGGAUGCAAAAAUUUUUCAGGAGAGAGCUAUUUUAGCACCAAGAAAUGAUGAUGUCAAUACCAUAAAUCAAAUCAUGCUUGAUAAAUUACCAGGUGAAGAAAAAAGCUUCCUGAGUUGUGAUAGUAUUGAUCCAACUGAUUUAGACUCUGUAGACAAUCCGGUAUUCACUCCUGACUUCUUAAAUAGUAUCAAAAUCUCAGGAUUACCAAAUCAUAAUUUGCGCCUAAAGGUCAGGGCUCCUAUUAUGUUGUUGAGAAAUCUAGACCCUAAAGGUGGAUUAUGUAAUGGAACAAGACUUCAGAUAACACAAAUGGCUGAUCAUGUUUUAGAGGCGAUGGUUAUUACAGGAGACAGAAGUGGUGAUUUAGUUUUGAUUCCUCAAACAUUUAUCAAGCCAUCUGAUACCAAGCUACCUUUCAAGAUGCGUCGUAGGCAAUUCCCUAUAGCUCUUGCUUUUGCUAUGACCAUCAAUAAGAGUCAGGGACAAUCAUUGAACGAAGUUGGUCUAUUUUUGCCUUGA